CCUGAGAAUGCCAAGUUUGCACACCAUCUUUACUCCCCUCUCUCUCUUACUCUCUCUCUACAAUAACUAUCCAAAACGACAACCAAAGACUCACUAAACGACUUGAAUUUGUUCCUUCUUCCGAGGCGCGAAAUUUUAGGAGAGGAAAUAAGGGCGUGUUUGGCUUGGUUAAAAUGAUGGAUCCAGCAAUUAAACUCUUUGGGAAGACUAUACCAGUUAUCGGAGAUGAAGAAUCUCCUCGUUAUGAGUCUACUAAUGAGAGUUCUAAUUCUGAGCUUCAUGAUGUUGAUGAUAAGGAUUUCACAGAAGAUAAGAUGGAGAUCAUACAAUCUGAUGAUCCUGCACCACCAUCUGAGGAAGACUCUACUAACCCACAAAUAACGUCGAAUACUGAUGACAAUGACAAUGACAAAGCAUCUGAUUCCGAAGAGAUGGAUGAGAAGGAUUCAAAUGAUCAGAAAAAUUCACAACAGAAAACAUUGAAGAAACCAGACAAGAUACUCCCAUGUCCUAGAUGCAAUAGCAUGGACACGAAAUUCUGCUACUACAAUAACUACAAUGUCAACCAACCUCGACACUUUUGUAAGAGCUGUCAGAGGUACUGGACUGCUGGUGGUACUAUGAGGAAUGUUCCGGUAGGUGCAGGAAGACGGAAGAACAAGAGCUCUGCACCACGAUACUGCCACAUCACGGUUUCCGAGGCUCUCCAAGCAGCUCGUCUUGAUGGCCCGAAUGGGAUACACCACCCGGGCUUGAAACCCAAUGGAACAGUUUUGACCUUUGGACCAGAUAACCCCCUUUGUGAUUCAAUGCUUAACAUUGGUGAUAAGAAAGUUUUGAAUGGAACCAAUGCCACUACUACUAGGAAUGGGUUUCAUGACAUCGACCAAGUUGUUCGUAGGAGUAAGGAAAACGGGGAUGAUCGAUCAUGUGGAUCAACGGUCACCACGACGAGUUCAAUGGAUGAUAAAGCAAAGGCGGGCCCACAGCAGAACUUGAAUGGGUUCACGAAUCAAAUGCCGUGUUAUCAAUGGCCUUAUGUUUGGAAUCCGGCAGUUCCUGUACCACCAUUUUGCCCUUCAGCUUUCCCCCCUAUGCCAUUUUACCCGCCUCCUUAUUGGAAUGGUGCAAUGCCAUGGAACUUUCCUUGGAACUUUCCUACCCAAAGUAGCCCAGGAUCCAACUCGAAUUCACCUACUCUUGGGAAACAUACUAGGGAUGGAGAAAUGGUUAACCAAAGUGAAAAUGAAAGGAGUUUAGGAACGUCUACUGUUUUAGUACCGAAAACAUUGAGAAUUGAUGACCCAGAUGAGGCUGCCAAGAGUUCUAUAUGGACUACACUUGGGAUUAAGAAGGGUGAUUCUAAAAGUAAAGGAGGAGGUUUCUUCAAUAGCUUACAACAGUCCAAGAAGGUUGUGGAUAAUUCGAAUUCACACAAUAUUAUGGAUGCUUCUCCUGAAUUACAGGCUAACCCUGCAGCUUUACAACGAUCGAUGAACUUCCAAGAGAGUGCUUGAAGGUGAAAAAUAAGUGAAACUCAAUUGAAGGAGAUGAGUUUUCAGAAAUUUCACCAGCAGUUCAGCACAUAUGGCUCGGAAUAUUUGUUGAUGAGCCUUUUUUAUAGAUAUAUUAGUGAUCAUGAACCAGGAAACCGAAAGGAGGGAAAGAUUUUCAAAUUAGGGGUAGGGUUGGAGCAGAAGCAGCAGCAACCAGAUGUAAUACCAUGGUCUUGUAGAAUUAUUCAGUGUUUAAAUUUCUUGUCUGUAAUUCUGUAAAUAACCUCUUUUUGGAAGUGUUCUGAGAUAUAAAUAGAGUGGGUGUGACAGAUACAUUUAGCUAUACUUAGGCCUGUUAUUGUUUGUAAUAUAUUCAAUCCAAUAAUGGAAAAAUGCCUUUGUUUCACUCA